AUGGAUCAAGUUAAAACAACUGUUGCAGCAAAAAGAAGACUUGACCAUUUCACUCAUUCUCUAAAACCGCAGGCUUUUCAAAAUGACAAAAAUGAUGAUAUGACAAAAUACGGUGUUCAUACAUCAUUUAAUCCUGAAAAGAAAAUUACCACAAUUCGUAUCGGUGAUGUUUCUUUAAACAUAACGGAAUCAAAAAAUCUCGAACUUGUUCCCGAAUACCUUGAACCACUUUAUGAAGAGUCGCAAGAAAUCCUUCGACAUUUAAGAUGGAUGAUGCAAAAAGAUAAACUUGGUCAAGAUAUAUUUCUCAUAGGCCCGCCGGGAAACCUACGUAGAGCCCUUGUACUAAGAUAUGCUCAAUUAACAAAUCGAGAAAUCGAGUAUGUUCCAUUAUCAAAGGACUGCACCGAUUCUGAUCUUAGACAACGUAGAGAAAUAUCUGGUGGGACAGCAUAUUAUGUAGAUCAAGCGUGUGUAAGAGCUGCAAUAAACGGCAGGAUUUUGAUUUUGGAUGGAAUAGAGAAGGCAGAGAGAAACGUGCUUCCUAUAUUAAAUAAUUUAUUAGAAAAUAGAGAAAUGGCUUUGGAGGAUGGUAGAUUUUUGGUUCAUCCAAAGCGUUAUGAUUUGUUGAUGAAAUCAAAAAAUAAAAGUUUAAUGAAAAAUUGGAAAUUGGUUAAGACAUCAGAACGAUUCAUUGUGGUGGCUUUAGGCUUACCUAUCCCACCUUAUGUAGGGCAUCCAUUAGAUCCGCCAUUGAGAUCUAGAUUUCAAUCAAGAGACAUAAAGCAACCAAGUUUUUAUACGCAAGUUAAUCAUUUAAAAAAAAUAGCUCCCGUUGUUACUGAUGAAGUAAUUGAACGUUUGGUUUCUGUUGCCAUUGUACUCAGAACUCUUCAACGGGAAGGAAGUGAGGGAGUUGUAAUACCAGAAUUCCCUCUUUCAAUUGAUCUUAGUAUUAUGAUUAUUCAAAGUUUCCCAAACAUUGAAUUACGCUUCUUAUUAGAUCUGUUAUAUCCAUGGCCAUUAUUACCCACAUGCGAGAAUCAACAAAUGAGCAUCAUAGAAGCUACAUAUCAUCGUUUUGGAAUGCUUUUAUAUAUAGAAACUAACACAGAAAAUAGUGAGGGCAAUCAACAAAAAAGUGAAGUAAUAGUUCAAUGUUCAUCAGGUUAUCAAAUAAUUAACAUUAAAAAGUCUGAAACAAUAGAAAACCCCUCUUCAAGUGACCUUUCUAUUUAUCAAAUUGAAUUGACUUUUAAACCAAAAGACUCAAACAACAAAAAUAUUACAACUAAAGUUUUUGGUGGUGCCGGCAUCCCUUCACCAGCUGAAUUUUUUGUGGAAACAGAUUACCACAAAACCAUUUUUAAUUCGAUGUUAAUAGCGCAUUCUGUUAGUGAUUUUUGUGUAAUUGGAGUGAAAGGUUGUGGAAAAAGUGCUUUGAUUAGACAUUUUGCAAAAAACCUCGGUUACACUGUUGAAUAUAUACCACUUUAUAAAGAUAUGUCAGCACGAGACCUUCUUCAACAUCGGAGUACAACAUUUGCAGGUGAUACUGUUUGGGAAGAUUCAUUGUUAAUCAAAGCAGCAUUAUCUGGAAAUUUAGCUAUAAUGGAUGGUAUUGACACACUUUCAUAUGGAACACUUGUAACCCUACAACGCUUAAUUAAAGAACGUGAAAUUUCAUUACCUAAUGGAAAUAAAUUGAUUCACCCUAUUAGAUAUAAGAAUUUAAUGCAGAAAUAUGGAUUCACAGACAAGCAGUUACAUAAUAAAGGCAUUUUUAUGAUUCAUCCUGCUUUUAGGAUUGUAACAUUAGCUCGACCUGUUAGCGGUAGUGGCGAUGAAGGAAAACCUGGUUCAUGGCUAUCGCCUGAAAUCGUCUCUUUGUUUCAUUUUAUUGUUGUAAGACCAUUGAAAUAUUUGGAAGAAAUGCAUGUUCUCGAAAGCUUGUCACCAGGGGUAGAUAGAAAUAACCUUUCUUUGCUUUUACAAUUUGCUAAUCGGCUGCGUCAAGACAAAGAUGAAACCAUUAAGAUGUUAUCUAAUGCUCUUUCUACAAGACAAUUGAUCCGUAUUUGUCGACGUCUAGCAGUGUUUCCUGAUGAAAGUUUACAUCAGGCUAUCCAUAAAGUUUCUUUAUCAAAAUUUUUGCCUUCUUUAGCAAAAGAUGCAUUAGAAGAAUUAUUAGUAAAAAAUGGCGAACAUUUACUUUUAAUUGGCAAUCAAGGUGUAGGAAAAAAUAAGUUAGCAGAUUAUUUUUUGCAACUUUUAAAAUUACCAAGAGAAUAUAUACAAUUACAUCGUGAUACGACUGUUCAAAGUUUAACCGUUACACCUUCUAUAGUAGACGGUGUCUUACAAUUUGAGGAUUCUCCAUUAGUAAGAGCUGUUAAAAACGGGUAUAUAUUGGUUGUUGAUGAGGCUGACAAAGCACCAACAUAUGUAACGUCAAUCAUAAGGAAUCUUUUAGAAGAUGGACAAAUGGUACUAGGAGAUGGUAGAAGAAUAUUAUCAUCCAUUACAACUGAAAAUAUGAAAGAAGAAUGUAUUGUCAUUCAUAGAAAUUUUAGAAUGAUUGUUCUUGCUAACAGACCAGGUUAUCCAUUUCUUGUAGAUAAUCCUGGUCCAGACUCUGAGAUGUUUUUAUUACGCAAAUAUGCACCUGACGUCCCGGAAGAUUUAUUAUUGAAGUUAACAGCAGCAUUUAGUGAUUUAAGAAAAUUAGUAGACGAGGGAUUAAUCAGUUACCCUUAUUCAACCAGGGAAUUGGUUAAUGUUGUUAAACAUAUGCAGGAGUUUCCUAAAGAAGGCAUUGCACGUAUUUUACAAAAUAUUUUUGAUUUUGAUCAAUAUGAUCAAGAGUCAAAAGAGCUUUUGUUCAAGGCUUUUGAAAAGCAUGGAAUACCUGUUGCGCUAGAAUCGGAGUUUAUGAUAAAUUUAGGUGAAAAAAUAUCAUUAAGUGAUCCAAUUGUAACGGAGGUUUGGACAAAAACCGGAAAUAAAAUUAAAUAUUGUGAAAUUAAAAAAGAAGAAAUUUUAAUGAAAGAUGGUUGGGAAAUUCCAGUUGGAACCCCUAAAGAGCUUGAAAGGACUGAAGGCAGAACCAUGACCUUUACUGAACAGACAUACAGUUUUAAAAUACCUACACGCGGGGAAGCAUUAGACAUAGUAGGAUUGUCUGAUGGAUCUUUAUUUGUUGUUACGACAAAUCCUAUUACAUUACACGCAAUUAAUCAAAAUCAUCGAAAAAUUAGAAGCAUGGAUUUGUAUGAAUAUUUUCCAUUACAAAAAGCACCACCAGGGUUAAAGAUGACAAUAGUACAAACACAAGAAAAUGGCUGGUAUUUGUUAUUGCAUGAUCCAAUAGCAAAUUCACUGCUUUGCAUUGACUUUGCAAGAAGUCCAAAAAUGUCUGUCUUGUUGACAGGGUUAAAUCCAACAAAAUCUGUAAUGCUAAAAGAUUUUGAAUCUACUGGUAUUUUAGUUUUCUACCAGAGCGAAAGAUCAACUAUUCUAAUGUUAGAUUUUAAUAUAAAUACAAUGUAUACAAUUGAAGUGCCUGUUAAAAUUUCAAAAUUAUUUUUGCUUAAACCAAAUGCAUGGUUACUCAGAGAUAGUGUUAGCGGGCAUUAUCAUAUCGUUUACGCAAAUAACCUUGAUGGGCAGAAUUUGGUUCCAAACAUCAUACUGCAAAUUGAUAUAAAGAGUUUGCUGAAGCCUAUCCCAGAUGAAAUUACUUUCAUAUCCCAAGAUGUAUUUCAACAAGCAAGUUUCAUGUCUACAAGAUUUUUACAAAGUAAUGAUGAUUCUAUAGCUGCUUCUAUUAUUUUAAAUUCGCCCGAGACUUUGGUUGACGAUAUUAAAACUGAAAUCAUUUCAUAUAUGAGAAAGCCUGGAGAUGAUUGCAAAAAUUGUUUCAAUGAUCUUAAAAAUUCCUCUAUAUCGCUUAAGAAGACAGGACAAUUGGCAACUGUUAUUCCAUUAAAGGACGGGAGAAGUGUAGGAAAUUUAGAGAUAUUUAAUCCUGUUGAAAAUGCGUUAUGGCGCAUUACAAUUCCUUUAUCAAUCCAAGUGCCUAGUUUCAGCAUAAGUGAUUCAAGACCUAUCGAAAAUCCCUAUUUAUAUUUUGAUAGAAUAGCAGCAACACUGUUAGAAUUACCUAAUGGAGAUUUAUUAACAAUGGAUAUUAGUGGCGUUGUGCGUAUAUGGCAAGUGGACGCUGGUCAAUUAAUUUUGGCUGCCAAUACUUGGAGAAAACUCGUUGGAAAUCUAGAUCAGCAAAAGUUGUCGAUUAUAUACGAAACUGAUGAGGAAAAAUUUUCAAGGGAAAGAUUCGGGAAUGAGGUUCAACAAAUAUUUCAAGACAGGAUCGAUGGUGGCGAUUCAUUGAAUUUAAUGGGUAGAGAACCUACCUUUAUAGAUGUUAGUAAACUGAGUUUGAGAACUGAAAUCCCACCACCUAUCAAACUUACAGCAGCACAAAGAGAUUUGCAUGAGUUGACUAUGCGUAAAAAACGAGAACAAAUAAAUAUGACACAAGAAAAUAUGAAUUUAUUUCAAUCAUAUUUAGUGAAUGUGCAAAAGGAGAUUCAUGAAUUGCGUGUGAUUUUGGAAAGUAUAGAGGCUAAAAAAAAAGAACGUGUUUGGCUUAAGAAUCAAAGUUCUGGAGAUAUUGAUGAUACUAAACUGAUUGAAGGAUUGACUGGAGAAAGUAAUAUUUAUAAGAGACGUGGUGAUAAUGAUCCUGAUUUAGGUUUUUUUCAGGAUAAACCUAAAAAAAUGGUUUUUGCUUUUGAUCUUAGUGCAAGUAUGUUUAGGUUUAAUUCUCACGAUAGAAGAUUAGAUAGAUCUAUGGAAAAUAAAUUUCAGUACCGUAUUGUUGGGCAUAGUGGAGAUUCACCGAAUGUAGAAUUUGUUAAAGAAGGAAAAUAUCCACGAAAUGAAAAGGAAGAGUUCAAAAUAUUAAGCCAAAUGUAUUUACACUCGCAAUUUUGCCUCAGCGGCGACAAUACUCUAAAUGCAACGGCUAAUGCUAUAAAAGAAAUAACAAAAGAAGAGGCUGAUGACUAUUUCGUUGUAAUACUUUCUGAUGCAAACAUCGCACAAUAUAACAUUAAUCCAACGGAUAUUUCAAAAACACUAAAAUCAGAUGAUAGAGUGAAUGCAUUUAUAAUAUUCAUUGGAUCUAUACAAAAUCAAGCCGAAAGACUUCGUGAUAGUCUUACCGGGCAUGCACAUGUUUGUAUGGAUAAUAAGGAUUUACCGAAAAUUAUGAAAUCAAUUUUUUUAGCUUCAAUGUUAAAAGGCUAA